AUGCCUCACAAACACAAAAGACGUCAAAAAGAUGAGGCGACCUACGACCUCCCGCCCACCACCAUAGCAAAACCACUGCCAGUCCAUAAAACCAAACAGUCCCCCAAACCUUCAAAGAAAACCGAUACCAAAAAGCACGAGAAGCAGUCAAAAGGCACGAAAAAAUGGGCGGACGACACACCGCGCGCCUUUGCGCGCCUGAUGCGCUUCCAACAAGUCGGCAAGACACCCUCGGGUCUAGAUGACGGUAAUGACAAAAAGCCAAAUAAGAAGCGGAAGCGCGGUGAAGACAAGGAUGGGGCUACUGAGUCUAAAUCCAAACCGACGGCAUCCAAACCGUUAGAAGAUGCACCAGCCCUCAAAAUUCUCCCCGGAGAGAAAUUAUCCGAUUUUGCGGCUCGAGUCGAUCAGGCAAUGCCUCUAUCUGCAAUGAAAAAAUCUCAACGAACAGGCCAAUCUGAAAACCUCCCCAAAAUUCGCGAAGAGCGUAUGACGAAACAUGAGAAACAUCUGCGCAAACUGCAGCAGGGAUGGAGAGAAGAAGAAGCUCGAAUUAGCGCCAAGGAAGCUGAAGAGAGGGAACUGAGGGAGGCUGAGAAUGAGGAAAUCGAAGAAAUGUGGAGGGAGGCGCAGGCUGAAGCUGGAGUUGUUGUUAAGAAGAAGAAGGCCCAGCUGAAGAAGAAAAAGAAGGGGAAGAAGAAGGUAGACGAUGAUGACGACGUGGACGAUGUUGAGGAUGACGAUGACGACCCUUGGGCGAAACUCAACACGCGUGAAAGAGCAGCGAAACCCCUCAACCCGCUAGAGGUCGUGCAAGCGCCGCCAGAGUCGUUGGCUAAACCGCGUGAGAUCUUUAGGGUGCGACGAGGUGUUGGUGGUGCUGAAGUCGAUGUUGCUAAUAUUCCCACUGCGGCGGGAAGUUUGAGGAGGAGAGAGGAGCUUGCUGAAGAGCGGAAGAGUAUCGUUGAGGAGUAUAGGCGAUUGAUGGCUGCAAAGAGGGGGCAGUAA